GAAAUUUCUGGAUUGUUUACUCAGCGCAAGAAUACUAGUACAAGUACACCAAAGGAUCCGACUGCCACUUUGAGAUUUGGGGUUCCUAAAGCUUGUGACUCUGCUUCCACGAUCAGCCUGCGAGAUGACGCCUCCACAAAAGAUCAAGCAAUGGCUCACGGGCCAAGACGGUCUCGAUAAGCUGAGAAUGAGCGAGGCGGACUGUCCCACUCCGGGUGAAGACGAAGUACUGGUGGAAGUUCAUUCUGUCAGCUUGAAUUACAGGGAUACCGAGGUGGCCAUGGGUCAAUACAACCACCACGCCUCGGUCGAUCAUCCCCCCGCUAUUGUGCCGUGCAGCGACAUGUGCGGUGUAGUAGUGGCAGUCGGCCCAACCUCUGAGAAUUCCUCUGAUCCUUUCAAGAACCCCGCCUUUCGUCUCAAAGAAGGCGAUCGCGUCAUUAGCACCUUUGCACCAACUCAUUUGAGCGGUCAAGUCAAAGGAUCCGAUGUUGCAAGUGGCCUCGGAGGUCCUGCUCCCGGUGUAAUGACACAAUACCGCGUCUUCCCCAAUUACGGUGUUGUCAAGGUUCCAGAUUACAUGACCGACGAUGAAGCAGCUUGCCUACCCAUUGCAGCCAUGACGGCCUGGAUGAGUCUGAACUGCAUGCGCCCCAAGGGCGAAAUCAUUGGUCAGGGUGAGACGGUUGUUUGUCAAGGCACUGGUGGUGUCAGCAUUUGUGCCGCUCAGAUUGCUACCGCAGCAGGCGCCGAUGCUAUCGUCACAUCCUCUUCCGAUGAGAAACUUGAGCGCGCAACCAAGCUAGGCGCAAAGACGACCAUCAACUACCGCAAGAACCCUGACUGGGAAGCCAAGGUUCUGUCCGCCACUGCCGACGAAGGCGCCGACAUCAUCAUCGAAGUCGGCGGCGCGCAAACCCUACGCAAGUCUUUUGACUGCGUACGUUUCGGCGGUUUGAUCUCUUGUAUUGGAUAUCUCUCCGGCAAGCAAGAUGAGGCUGGCGACAGAACAAACACGAACCUACUUUGCUUGAAGAGGAACGUCACGCUAAAGGGCAUCUUGAACGGGCCUCGAUCUGAACUUGAGAGGAUGCUCAAGUUUUACGACGAGAAGAAAAUCAGGCCAGUCGUAGACCGUGUGUGGAAGUUUGAGGAGGCAGAUCAGGCACUCAAGUAUUUGUUCAGUGGAGGACACUUUGGAAAGGUUGUAGUUAAGGUUAAGGCAUAAGUGGAUGAUGGCAAUGAAUAUUUUACGCUACAC